AUGUCACAUUCACUUCUGGAGUAUAGGUUUGGCGAACUCUUGGGCAGAGGAACCUAUGGAACCGUUUACAAGGGCUUCAAAAAGGGAUCAAAACCAGAGGAAACAGUUGCCAUAAAAUGUGUGCAAAAGAACUCACUGUCGAAGGAAUCAAUUGAUGGCAUCGUUAAUGAGAUUUCCAUCACUAAGAGAGUGAAGAAUCAGUUCAUCGUUGAACUCAAAGACUUUAAAUGGAUUGAAAGCCAUAUAUAUUUAAUCUUCGAGUUCUGCUGCGGAGGAGAUUUGGCUCAAUACUAG